AUGGGAGGCUGGACAAAUAAUGAAAUUGUUAAGUGGUUUGGUGAUUACGCACGAGUUAUAUUUAAACUUUUUGGUGAUAGAGUUAAAUAUUUCAUCACUAUUAAUGAACCUCAUCAAGUUUGCGAGCUUGGUUAUGGAGAAGAUAUAUUGGCGCCAGUCUUGAAUAUACAUGGUAUCGCUGACUACUUAUGCACAAGAAAUAUACUAUUGGGUCACGCUAAAGCCUAUCAUAUUUAUAAUGAAGAAUUUAGAGUGAAACAACAAGGAAAAAUAUUCAUUACCAUUAACGCCGAAUGGUUUGAACCGAAAACAAAAGAUGACGAGAAAGCAGCUCGGGAUGCUAGGCAAUUUACUUGGGGGGUUUACGCUCAUCCAAUAUUUUCAAAAACUGGAAAUUUUCCUCCAGAAAUGAUAAAGAGGAUAGCGGAUAAAAGUGCUGCACAAGGUUUUCUUAGAUCCAGAUUACCCGAACUAUCAAGCACGGAAGUUAAAUUUGUCCAAGGAACCUCCGACUUCUUUGGACUUAAUCAUUAUUCAACUCAUAUUGUUUAUAGAGAUGAGAGUUUAUCUAAAACUAAUCCUGUACCAUCAUUCGGUGACGAUCUUGAUAUAAUAGCAUAUCAGUUACCUGAAUGGAAAAUUGGAAGAUCAAAUUUUACCAAGUACGUUCCUUGGGGUUUUCGGGCGUUAUUUAACAGUAUCAGCCAUCAAUAUGGUAAUCCUCCCAUACUGGUUACUGAGAAUGGAUUUGCAACUCAUGGAGGUAUUAACGACGAGGACCGAGUGACAUACUACAGAGGCUACUUGAACGCUCUUUUAGAUGCUAUCGGCGAUGGUGUUGAUAUAAGAGGGUAUACUGCCUGGAGUCUCAUGGACAAUUUUGAAUGGACGAAAGGAUACACGGAACGCUUCGGUCUGUAUGAAGUUGACUUCAACGACCCAAACCGUACUCGCACGCCUCGCAAGUCUGCUUAUGUACUGAAGGAGAUUAUAAGGACACGAUCUAUUGAUCCCAACUAUGAACCUGACAUGAACCAACCUCUCACCAUUGACAGUGGAUACUAA